UGGCCGUCCUGCUCAUUUCUACUGCUGUGCGUCACUGAGUGUGUUUACGCGAGUGUAUGCGUGUGUGUGUGCGUGUGAGAAAGUGCACAUGGGUAUCAGAGAGAAGUGUGCUGUCUCCACCACAAAGGAAGUCUGACAGGUUGUUGUUUUUUUUCAAAACAUAAAAGGAAUUAACGAUUGAGUGGAUGGAGGGAGAGGAAGAGUUGCUGAAGCCUGGCUGUUCUUGAACCUGAAAACGGUGUUUGAUUUUCUGGUUUUUCGGUUGAGUUGUUUACUCCUCUCCGUCUGAGUACUUUUUACUUCCACCACGGGGAGUCAAGAGGUGACUCUUGAACUGCUUGCAGAGGAAUUUAAACAGAGGCAGAGAUUUUCUCCCUCACAGCUGCCACUGUUCUGAGUGUCAUUUUGUACUUUUAUUCUAUUUUUCAAUCAAUCAUUUGAUGCUUCGAGGCAGAAUGGACACCUCACUUUUAUCAGCUGUAUACAAUCGGACUUUUGCGGAUGAACAUUUUUACCUUGAGGACAAUAUUGAUGGUUUUGACAUCACCAUGGCUAUACUCUACUUGGUGGUUUGCAUCCUGGGACUAGCUGGGAACUCCCUCGUCAUUGCUGCCAUUUUGAAAUUGGACAAAAUGUCAUCUUCCACAACGGUGUACAUCUUCAACCUGGCUCUGGCCGACGGACUCUUCAUGGUUGGUCUUCCCUUCAUAGCGAGCCAGAACUUCCAGAAUCAAUGGAUGUUUGGCGACCUGGUGUGCAAAGUGGUCAUGGUGCUGGACGGCAUCAACCAGUUCACCAGUGUCUUCUGUCUGACGGUGAUGAGCAUCGACCGCUACAUGGCGCUGGCCGACCCGCUUCGCUUUGCCCGGUGGAGAACGCCACGAUGUGCCAAGAUCGUGUCUGCGUUCUUGUGGCUGUUCUCGCUCCUCACCAUCCUUCCCAUGGCGCUUCACUUCACAGCAGAUCGAGGCCUGUGUAUACCAGACCUUGUUUCGGAUGCCUGGUGGCUCGGCGUCUUGUCUUACACCUUCGUCAUGGGGUUCGCUUUGCCUUUCACGGUGAUGACGGCCUCCUACACGGCGCUGCUGCUCACCCUGAGGUCCCAGCGGGUCAGAGCAACGACGGCGAACCAUGAGAGCCACCGGCUUGAGCGACAGGUCACCAAAAUGGUGGUCGCAGUGGUGUUAGUGUUCGGGAUGUGUUGGCUGCCAUUUUACACCUUCAACUUCUACUCCCUGUAUCAAACUGGCCUGGUGCUGACCUUCGCCAGAGCUUUUGAGUUUGUGGUCCUGCUAUCGUACUCAUGGAGCUGUGCCAACCCCAUCCUUUACGCCUGCCUCUCCGACACAUUCAGGAGACACUUCCGCACCCUCCUCUGCCCCGCCGCCAAGUCAUCUCCCAGCAUGCAGUGCAAUACUGAACGGUAUGACUUACAUGACACAGGUGUGCGGGAUGUGGCCAUUCUGGCAUAAAGAGAAAAACGAGAAACUGACUUAAUAUUUUUCUCCAUUUCCUGCUUCUUUAAUGUUAUUUACUCACUGCUUAUAUAUGUGAUAAAUAUUGAUUGUAUUUUUUAAUUUUUCCACUUCACUUGUAAUGUAUUGAGGGUACAUUAUUGCCUCCAAGAAUGAAGUUGUACAUAUUUUCUUUAAUUUCCGGAACAGAUUUCCUCUUGUUCUGACUGUACAUUGAGUUGUGUGUUAAAAACCCAUGAAUUGUGUUUGGCACUGUCUCAGAUGCAAAUGUUUGAUCAGGGGUUUAAAGAGAUUGGGGGUUUUCAACACGCUUGUGCUUGUGAUAGCACAUUUCACAGUUUGAGUACAGACUGUGAAUCUUUCUGCCCAGCUGAAAUAGUCAUAGUCAUCAUUUUUUACCCUGUGGAAAUGAAAAGUCGGCUUUGUACUUUCCAAUAUCUCAAGAAGAGUUUCUUUCACAGAAUUCGAAUAAGAAGAAAAUCCUCAUCAAACAGCUUAAAUCAAUUUGACUUUCCAUAACACUCUUUAUCUGACAAAUGCCCCAUCUUGAGACCAACCUCCUGCUCUGUCUUGACUCAGCCCCGUUGUAUCAUUUGUCUUCUAAUAACUCAGACCUGCUCCACUGCGGCUCCUGUUAUACUGCAUUUCACUAGAACUAAUGAAAAGAGGCACAAGAGGGAUGAAGUGUGGACAGGUGGAGUGUAAACAGAAUAACAUGGGUCACAUGCCUGUGGCAAAAAUACCAGCACGAAGACGCACACAGACAGAUCCUCCGCUCCCACAGCUGGAUUAUGUCCUGGUGGCUUUAAGUGUAGGGGGGCGUCAGAUGUGUGUGCCUCGGUGGCCAUGUGCAUGCACCUGUACACAUGCAUGCUGCAGGUUUACUGUGGUAUUCUGCCUUACUUAAGAGGAUUGCCGUAAAAAAUACUUUUAGGGAAAUGAACAGGAUAAAGACUGAACACAUAUUUUCACUUUAUUUAGUGAGAUUAUUCCCAUCGGCACUUGUCUUGCGAACAGCGAACGGUGAAUGCCUUAAUCUCUUCCUAAAUUGCUCUAAAAUUGAUACCGCCAUCCAGCUUGUUUCAAUUUUGCUCUCAACUGAAAACCUUGUAUCUUUAAAAUGUCAGCAGUUGAGAAAUUUAAAAAGCAGUCGUGGGGCUUUUAGCUUGAUGAAAAUGCAUUUUGAUGUUUUGAUGGAAAAACUCUCACAAAGUCACACAGAGGCAUGUAAUCCAUCAAUUUCAGCGAGAACUUGAAAGUCACCCAAAUGUAUGUAAUAAUAAUAAAUAGCAGUUACAUGCUUCACAUUGAUGUUGCUUUGGUUUUAAAAACCCCUUCUCCCUGGAUUUAACACGCAAAAACACAUAAAUCAGGCAUAAACACACCCAAAAUAUAUCCAAUUGCAGCAUUUGGCCAAUAAACAAACACGAGAUACAUAAACAGAAAUAUAUUUUUGCACACAGAUGAAAAGUAAAGAUGUCCUGCUCAUUUACAAACAGCCUUGUCUAAAGUGAAUUGUUGGAGCAGAUGUUGGCUGUCAAUUACCAGUGAUGUAAAUAUGUAUAAAUGAGCAAAGGAUGUGUGGGAUGAUCUGUAUUUUGUCGAGAGAAACAUACAUCUGAUGUCAGAAUGUGUACCAGAGAUGUGCCUUGUUUUAUUAAAACUUGCUGUCAAAGUAAUCCAUUUACACCAUAUCUAAACAUAGAAAACACAUGUUUUAUAAUGCCAGUUCUGUCAUGAGUUUUAUUAAGGCUGUUAAUCAAGACAUGGGACUGGGACUUCACUUAUAUUGAUCAUAUAGUCACUCUAUGUAUGAGCAUU